GCACCUAACUCAACUGGAAGAGAUAUAUACAGUCCCGGCGUAUGGUGAGCCCGGUCAUGUUUCAACGCGGGCUCACUGUGCACCUGGAUCAGCUAAGAAUCCAUCCUGGGUCAGAGCCGGUACUGAACUCAACGUCCCUCCACCAACUACCAAAGGCCACCACCAUUUUCAUCGCCCCGCGGCGGACUUCCCCACACUCGCCGUCUCCCUUCAUAUACACAAACCCCUUCUCUCCAUUUUCUCACUCCUCAAGCUCUCAACUUUCUCUCUCCUCUCUCUCUCUCUAGCUCCCGACAAUGGCCUUAGCCUCCCCUUUCAUCUCCGCGAAGCCCCUCCCAAAACCAGCGCCGCUGGCCUCCCCGCCGCCGGCCCCGAGGUCCGCCUCCGUCCGGUGCUCCGCCGCCCCCGCCGCGGCGACCGUCAAGGCUGCGGCGGCCAGGGAGUGCAGGGUGAAGUCGGUGAGGGCGAGGCAGAUCGUGGACAGCAGGGGGAACCCCACCGUGGAGGUCGACCUGUUCACCGACGAGCUGUACCGAUCCGCCGUGCCCAGCGGCGCCUCCACCGGGAUCUACGAGGCCCUCGAGCUCAGGGACGGCGACAAGAGCGUGUACGGCGGGAAGGGCGUGCUCAAUGCUGUCAGGAACAUCAACGAGGUGCUUGGCCCUAAGCUAAUCGGAGUCGACGUCAGAAACCAAGCAGAAGUGGACGCUGUCAUGCUAGAAAUCGAUGGAACCCCCAACAAGUCGAAAAUGGGGGCGAAUGCGAUACUCGGGGUGUCUCUCAGCGCCUGCAGAGCAGGUGCAGGUACUAAGGGAGUUCCUCUGUACAAGCACAUUCAGGAAAUCUCCGGAACAAAAGAGCUCGUCAUGCCGGUUCCGGCAUUUAACGUCAUCAAUGGGGGCAGUCACGCGGGAAAUAAUCUUGCCAUGCAAGAGUUUAUGAUCCUUCCUGUUGGUGCAAGCUCAUUCGCUGAGGCACUUCGCAUGGGCAGUGAAGUUUAUCAUAUCCUGAAGGGUAUCAUUAAGGCGAAAUAUGGACAGGAUGCUUGCAAUGUCGGGGAUGAAGGGGGCUUUGCGCCAAAUGUUCAAGACAACAGAGAAGGACUGGUUCUUCUUAUGGAUGCAAUCGAGAAGGCUGGAUACACUGGCAAGAUUAAGAUUGGAAUGGAUGUUGCUGCUUCCGAGUUUUUCAUGAAGGACGGAAGCUACGAUCUUAACUUCAAGAAACAGCCAAAUGAUGGGGCCCAUGUCCUCUCAGCUCAGAGCCUCUGCAAUCUCUACAAGGAGUUCGUGAAGGACUUCCCUAUUGUCUCCAUCGAGGAUCCAUUUGACCAAGACGAUUGGAGAUCGUGGGCAUCUCUCCAAUCUUCAGUGGAUAUUCAACUUGUAGGAGAUGACUUGCUGGUCACGAAUCCAAAGAGGAUCGCUGAAGCUAUUCAAAAGAAGGCAUGCAACGGUUUACUCUUGAAGGUCAAUCAGAUUGGUACAGUGACCGAGUCCAUUCAUUCGGCUCUUGAUUCAAAAGCUGCAGGUUGGGGGGUCAUGGUUAGCCAUCGCAGUGGUGAAACUGAGGAUAACUUCAUUGCUGACCUUUCAGUGGGGUUAGCUAGUGGACAGAUUAAGACAGGAGCUCCUUGCCGAAGCGAGCGGUUGGCCAAGUACAAUCAGCUCCUACGCAUCGAGGAGGAACUCGGGACUGUUCGUUAUGCUGGUGAAUCUUUCAGGUCACCGUAGAAAAAUCUCCUUUUAUAUUCUGCUCUCUGAGAACAAGGUCUUCAUGCAAAGUUCAAGAAGGAAAUAUUACCCAUAGGUGGAUUACAAGAGUACCAAUGGAGCCGAUUGGGUUUCAAUCAGAGAUAGCUGCUUUUAGUUGGAUUAAAUCAUCCCUUCUUGUUUCACAAUAAAGUUUUGCGAGUGAGAUUUUGUAUGCACAAAUGUGGUUCAUAGCGCUUGACAUCGAACUGCUACUGUUUGUAACAUUUUUUUUUCCAUGAUGAGGGACAGUUUAUCAAGUUUAAGAAUGGGCUUUUUGCUAA